CUAUGUGUAGUAAUGACAGAAACAAAGCCACGACAUAAUCAAGUUCAACCCAUACAUUUCUCAUAUCAAUAGCUUCUUCAUCUCUCUCCAUCUCCAACUGCAAACUGAUACAGUUAAAGAAAUUUCGAUUACGUUCAAAACUCCAAUCAACUGCUACUCUCAUCCUAAAAUCUCGCUUAAAAAUCUCAUCUUGAUAAAAGGGCUUCAACCCAAAAUCAGGUAUAUGGGCGGCGAAGGAGAAGGGCCGCCGCCGCUGUACCAACCGAAAGACGACCACUGGACUCACUUCGACAACUCCGUGAAUGCAGUUUCUUUCGGCUUCAUCGCCACCGCCAUUCUCGUCUCCAUGUUUCUUCUCAUGGCCAUUUUCGAGAAAUUCCUCCGAACCACCUCUCCGGAGCUCUCACCGUCGCACCGCCGCCGCCGCCGCUCUGUAAUUGAAGCCCAGAAUCAUGUUGCUGCUUUCAAUGCUAAGCUCAGCUCAUCUCACAAAGCCACGGAGGUUUCUGUGGUGAUGCCGGGUGAGAAAGUGCCGACCUUCAUCGCUCAGCCAGCUCCGGCUCCUUGCCCUCCGGAGCGUGGCCCAUGGCCUCUGCAUAAUCCCGAUGCGCCUGUCCCCGACUAGGUAAAAUGUCAAGACUUGUAGAGAGGCCUAAUUUCUUUAAUUUUUUUUCCUAUGGUGUCACGGAGAGAAAGGGUUUUUGUUGUGUGUGUUUUUUCAGAUGUUUUUUACAAGUAUUUGGCAAAUAAAUAUAAGCAUUUAGAAAUUAGAGGGUACUUGUGCAUAAAAACUAUGUAUUACUAUUAUUGCUCAUUUUUGUGGAUCA